CCCAGUGGUCUGUUGGGUGUUUUGGGAAGUGAUCGCUGUCUUCGCCUUCUUACUCGCCAUAUACCCGUUCCCCAGCCAGAUGUUAGUGACUCCAUGCCAUCCAGUAGUCGGACUUCGAACCUCUUUCCGGCUAGAUGGCAUUGUAUAGCAUUGUUUGGUCUCGGUAGUCUGGAUGACCCUUUGCUUACUUAUGUAUCAGCGCCUCUGGUCACUGGGCCGUGCAAUGCGCCCUCCCCUGUCGUCACUGCUGCCUGUUCCGCUGAAAAUGGUACUAGCCCAGUUAGCUCAGAUAAACGAUCGACUUUGGUGUCACUUGGCACCACCGAUUCUUCUGCAACCCCCGCAGGCCUGUUAUUGGCCUCUGCCUCACCAUAUCUAGCUCUGCUGGGCACUGAUGGCCAUCUGCAUGUACACAGUUUGGCUCUGCUCCUCUCCAGGUUUGCUCGAGUAAGUCGUUCAGCUUUCACAUAA